UGCUCUGGUUUUACUGAAAAAACUGAGAUACCCAACUUAUUGGAAACCUAGUAUCUUAUGCAUUCAGGCUAUUUCAUUCCUUCCGUAGCCUUGGGGGUGGAGGUGAGGCAUGUCCACAUCCUGGAAUCAUGGGCAGGGCCUUGGCCAACAUCCGGGUGUUGGUAGGGCAGGGGCGGGACCCUGGGGGUGUGAGACCAUUUAAAGGCUCCCCAGGGAGGCUCCCCAGCUCCGAGCUCACUGCCUGCUCACCACGUGGUUCCUGGCCCUGUGCCUGGCUGUGUCCCUGGGAUGGACUAAUGAGUAUCAGGAGAUGCAGGAGUGGAGCGGCACUGAGUCUCAUGCUGGUCUCACCUCCCCAUGUCGUGGGCCUCGUCCAGUCCCGGGUCAUAGGAGACUGGGAGUGUGAGAAGCGUCCGAGACCCUGGCAGGUGGCUGUGUACUGUCACACUGACUUCCAGUGCGGGGGUGUCCUGGUGCAUCCCCAGUGGGUGCUCGCAGCCGCCCACUGCAAGAGCGACGAUGACCAGGUCUGGCUGGGGUGCUGUGACUCGUUUGAGGAUAAAGACACAGUCCAGUUCCUCCAGGUCAGUGACAGCUUCCCACACCCUGACUUCAAGCUGAGCCUCUUGAAGCAGAACAUCUUCAUCCCAGGAGACGACUGCAGCCACGACCUCAUGCUGCUCCGCCUGGUGCAGCCCACUCGGCUCACAGCCGCCGUGCAGGUCCUGGCCCUGCCCGCCCAGGAACCCGCACUGUGGAGCCUCUGCUGUGCCUCCCGCUUGAUGUACCCAGAUGAACUUCCGUGUAUGGACCUCACACUCCUGUCUAAUGAUGUGUGUGCCAAAAGCUCCCUCGAGAUGGUGACAGAGUUCCUGUCGUGUGCUGGGCCCUUGGAGGUUGGCAAGGAAACCUGCGUGGGACCAUCCAUGGGCAGAACCUGGACCCUGCAUCCCAUCCCCAGUGGCCAGGACCCCACCCCCUGACGGCCUCAUCCUCAUCUCCAUUCUCACCUGGAUUGCAGCCCCAUCUCAAUUCCAUCCUCAAGCCCAACUGCAUCUUCAGUUCCAGCUGCAGACCCAUUCCCAGUCCAGGCCUGCUCUCCAACUUUGUGCCAAGCUCCUUUUCACAGGUGAAGAAAAGCGCGCUGCUUUUCUAUUCAGGCCCGGUCCCCAAGAUGAAGCGCCGCCCCCGAAAUGAAGCCCCGCCCCUGAGCUGAAGCUCUGCCUCCGGUCCUGCCCGACCCAGGAAGGCCCCGCCCUGAGUCAGGCCACGCCCCCAGCCCUGCGCUCGCAGCAAAAGGCAGUGUGCACCCCUUGGGGAUGCAACAGGAGCCGCACAGUGGAGUCCUUCUUCCUGCAAACGGCCAUCUGCCAGGGCUGGCAGGGCGGGCUGCUCUCCGUGCCAUUAAUGAUGAGAGUUUUCCCAGCAUCGGCCUGGACUCCUGGAGGCGAAGUCAGAGCUCAAAGGGGAGGAAUCAGGGCUUUGGGGCGGGGCCAGAGCUCAAGGGUCAGGAUGAGGACCCAGGAAGCUUCAGGAGGGCGAGGUAGGGACAGAGUCUCUGGUCAAGAGAAUGACCAGCGGGGACCCCUCUUCUGGACCUCGCCCCCUCCACACUUCAUCUCUCUGCGCCCUCAGACACGUAGUUUCGAAACUCACCCCACUGCGCACAUCAUCUCACAUUCACACCUUUCCCUCUUCCAGACCGGUCCUGCCGCUCAGGCGGGAGUUGUGGGAAGUCUCCCAGUCCACCGAGUCCUCAGGUGAGGCCAGGCGCAUUGGCCAGGUCGGCCCACCCUCCCUCUCACUCCUUUCUCCCACUGUCUCCCAGGAGAUCUCUGGGCAGGGAAAGGGCACCUCAUCCUCGGCUCCGAGAUUUUGGCCCUGAGACAUGGAGCCUAGGGACGUAGAGAACGGGAGUGGGACACAGCCAGGAGGAGAUGAUAAAGAGUCAACAACAGGAAGUGGCAGCAGUGGGAAGAUGGAGUGACGGUGACAAAAAAAAAAAAUCAGAAAAACAUGGAGUAAAACUCGGAAACAUGGACACUAGGGGGGAGAGGGAGAGAGAGAAAGCAAAAGCGUCCAAGCUAGGCAGAACCAGGUGAUGGCGACACAGCUUGAGAGGAGAGCUGGCAGGAUGCUGAGUCUGGAGGGUACAGAGACAGAGAGGGACAGACUCAGAGACUCACAGACGGAGACACAGACGUCAGACACCCAGAAGGUGAGAUGGGGGGCAGAGAGGCAGGACACAGCCACACACUUUCACUCACUCAUGUGGCCCAUCUGGCCUGGGCUGAGCUGCCAUCUGCCACCAGUUCUUGGAGCCACACGGAGCUCCACGCGGAGUUAUAAGCAUCUCUUUGCCGGGCUGUCCCACCCCUAGGGCUGGUGGCCACAUGCCUUAGCGGUCAGACAGUGCAAUCUUUCGGUCCACGCUCCUCCGCCUACCACCUCCAGAUCCGGGUGCCCAGAGCAGGGGUUGGGGCCAGGCACUGAGGGACUUCUGGCCCAGAACCCCAGGCUGCCCUCACCUCCAGCUAACACCCCAUUCUUGAUUCCUGGAGGUCUCCCCAUCUCAGUGUCUCCUUUGCGUUAGGUUUAUUCUCUGACACAGUGGCUCAUUUAUAUUCAUCCAUUCUUCUUUUCUAAUAUCAUCGUUUAAAGCUAUAAAUCUGUUGCUUUCCACAAGUUUUGCUGUGUAAUAUAUAUAUAUAUAUAUUUUAUCAUUCAACUCUCAACAUUUUAAAAUUUCCAUUAGGAGUUUUUCCAAUAUGAUUUAAUUUUCAUCGUGAAUUAUUUAGAGAGGUGGUUGUGUUUUAACUUCUGCGUGUGUGGAUAUUCUGUCAAUGUGCUCACUGAAUUUUAAUUUUCUUGCAUCGUGGUUGGAGAAUGUGACUAUGACACGGAAUCCUUUUUAUGAUACAUAACUGUGUUGAAAUCUCA